GGAAUAAUAAUGGUAAUGCAACCUAAAGUGUAAUAGACAUAUAUGCCAAUAUUAUGUUAUCUAUUGGGGAUGAUUUCUAUAUAAAUAGCCUACAUAUUUAACUAUUUCCAAUUUAUGUUCUUGGAUAUUGCCCUCUUAUGUCAUUGUGUGCUUUUAAUAAGUGAGAGUCUGUCCAUCCAUAGCCUGUGAAAAUCUGCAAUGUUUCAUUGGCCUUGAAUGUCUCCAUUGAGUCUGCUAGAUCAUUAAGCACAAUAGCUCUGCAGAGUGAUGAGCACAUUGCUAUCAUAGGAUAUGUGCAUAGGCAAGCAUAUAAAAGAGAUGGGAAAUUUAAUAUGUGACCAUUGGAGAUCACCAAAACAAUCUAGUAGAGCAGUUAGGAGAAAACAUAACACUAGGUAUAAAGCUGAUGUAAAACUGAAACGAAAAUGGAGCUUAAAUGGGAGACGUAACUUCAAAAGAGUAAAUUAUGAUGAGUAUGGCAUUGAAGCAGAAGAACUAUUAGAAGCACAACAUGCUGGUGAUAAUUCAAGUGGCAAAAGUGGUAUAUGGAAACUUAUGAUGCGAGUUAGAACAAGAGAAUUAAUUAUUAAUCAGCCUGAUAAUCAGAAAGAAAAUUCAUAUAAGGAGCAAUAUAAUGAGCAAGCCUGUCCAGGUGAAUAUACCAAAUCAUCCAAUGUGCACACAUCAAAGCAAUCCUUUGAAACCACAGACUUACACUGUGGAGUUGGUAGCCUCAACAUGUCUCAAAACACAGCCAGUUGCUCUCACUGUUGUUGUCAUUGCCACAAGUUUCACCAUCAGGCACCCCAUCUUGUGCAGCUGCCUAGGAUAAUAGUUGAGGCACAGAUGGAGACAAGGAAGAAAAGACCUGAGGGGAGGAUACAGCUGGGGCAGAGGAGCAUAUCAGAGGAUGAUGAGGUCUUUCUAGUAGUUCCUCAUAUGUCUUCACGAAGCCUGUCACCCUCUUCGGGUGUCAACAAUGUAAGUACAGUAAAACCUGUCCGAUGGAAUACCUCUCUGUAGGGAAAACCUAUGAACAAGGAAUGCUUUUCAAAAGAACCGAAUAUUUAACUUACAUGUUAACGAACCCUCUCUGUAGGGAAAACCUGUGAACAGGGAACAAGGAACACUAUUU